AUGGCAGGCUCACGUGCCUCUCCUCUGCCCGAUGGGGCGAGAGGAGGUGGCGGCGAAAUGAACGACCCUUUUGUUACUCCCCGAACAGCCAGCGCGAACCCACUACGGUACUCAAACUUUGAUUCAAAUCUCUUUGCUCUCGACCCUGGCUCCUCCCCAACUCAGGUGAAGCGUGCCCUCGAGGCUCACCUGGCCGAGACCGAUCGGCGGAUGCAGGAAGCUGGUAAACUGGGAAACGCCCUUGUCGCGCAACGCAAGCAGCUGGAGGAACGUCUUCGCGAAGUAGAACAAGUCGAGGCUCAAGGAGAGCUGGCACCUGAUCUCCGCAAGAAGCUGUUCGACAUCGAGAAGGAUUAUAAUGAAGUGGCCAGGGAAAGUGCGAGGGCCUUUCUACCCAAGCCGAGAAUUCCUAGCAAUGAGCUCGCUACUGGCUCUCCCUUUGCGCCGGAAGGCAAGGGUGGUAGACGGUCUGUGAGCCCUUCAAAGUUCGAGAGCCAGGCUACAGGUUCUCCAACCAAGCUCAGCGUGCCGAACAGAAAGCUCCGGAACCAGCCGACCAACAGGAUCCAUGACAUCGAAUUCGCUGCAGAGAUUAGUACAUCUUUGAUCUCACAAGUACGAAACCUGCAGGCUCUCCUUUCUGAGCGCGAUGAAGAGCUCAGGGAUAUCAAGGUGGAGAAGUCUAGGCUGGAGGCCGAGUCUGAGGCCUUUCAACAGCGGGUCAAGACGCUCGAUGAAAGCGAGCACCGAUACAAGGACGAGAACUGGAACCUUGAAACACAGUUGCAUGAGCUGCUUGCCUCGCAGAAAGAGGCCACCGACCGUGAGAAGAAGCUCAACCAGGCUUUGAAUGCGCUUCAGGCAGAGAAGAAUUCGACGCAAAGGGAACUGGAUGAGAUUAAGGUGUCUCAUGCGAAACUCGUAGAAGACCACGCUGCUGCUGUGAAGCAUCACGACAUCGAGCUUGGCACUGCUAAACGCAACAUUGUUAUGGCUGACACAGAGAGAGCCGCCAUGCAGCGAAAGAUUGAAGACCUUACCAGUCAGAACCAAGAACUCGCCAAAGCCUUCUCAAUGCAACGAGGAAGGAUGCUUGAGCGGGAAGCCGCCUCGGGCUUGAGCGAUGAGGACUUUGAGACUGCCAAUGAUAACAUCACUCCAGAGCACUCGCCGCCACCUUCCCCGGUCAAGGGCACGCCGCGCCACUCUAUGCUGGAGUCCGAGACCCUCAAGACUUCGCUCCUUCACGCUCAGCGCACGAUUCAGAGUCUUCGCACCAACGUUCACCGUGAGAAGACAGAGAAGCUCGAACUCAGACGCAUGCUCCAGGAUGCACGUGAUGAAAUCGAGAAGGCCAGGAGUGACCCGUCAAGCGGCAGCAGACCUAGCCGCAAGACAGCUUCUCGCGAGUUCAAGAAGCCCUUCCGCCCUGCUCAGCUUGGAGAGGCCCGCAUCAGCCGCAGUGAAAUUUAUCUCGAGGAUCCUAACUGGGAGGAGCAGCCGGGUGAUCCCAUGAGCCCAACUCGACCCGUGACCUUCAGAGGUUCUCGAUCAAGUGAAAUGCCUACUGUUGUCGAGUCCAGCAGCGAUCAAUUUGAUACAGCUCACGAAACAAGCGAUGCUGCGUUUGAGACGGCCAAUGACGAACGCGCUACCGAGACGGAGGAUUUCCAGACGGGUGCAGAAGAGCUUUCGGACGAGGCAACCGAGACGGAGAGUCUCUCUCGGGGUGUAGGACGGCUGAAGAGGCCCCCGUCACUGCCCUUGAACCAGAACCAGACCCGCUACGAGUACCAGAGCACUGCAUCCACCUCUGACGAGGAAGAUGACUACACUUACACUGGCUCUGACCUCACCAAGACGCCCACUUCUAUGCCGUCAAGGCCGCGCAACCGCUUCAGUCGCAGCAGCCGUAGUGGGUUCUCUCGCUCUCGUUCUCGACAGACCAGUGAAGAGCCCAACUUGCUUAGCAGCCCCGCCAACUAUCCGGGCAGUCCCGCCAGCUUUGCCACUAGCAGUGCCGCUGGAACACCCCAGGCUGCUGGACAGAGCCUAUUUGCUGAGCUGGGCGAGCUCGAUGGUAGCGAUUACGAGUCGUACAACGGUGCUACACCUAGCCGGCGCAGUGUUAGGUCCAUGAGCGCUAGGUCCAUGACCCCAGCUUCGGUCACUCGGCGUGCCGGGUCUACGCCCCCCGUGCCUCCUCUGCCCAAGGGGAUUAUGGUCUCUAGUGGUAUGAUGACUGAGCCCGUGAUUAUCGAACCACCGACAGACACUACCGUUGGGUUCAAGGAGCGACCAUUUUCGAUGCACUCGGUCAUCCGGGAUGGCGAGACCUCUUGGCUCGAUUCGAGACCCGUGUCCAUGUCGACAUUCUCUUACAGUGAUGCUGGCGCGCAGCAUGAUCCCGAUAUGGAGCAAGAACUGGCUCGAUUCCCGUCGCCUCCUAAGCCCGCCUACAGCCUGGGCGACGCACCUGUUCCAGUUCUCACGCCACCUCUCUCUUUGAGCUAUUCGUCAAUCCAGGCGGAGAAUAUUGAACCGCUAAGCGACCCCGAAGUCAUGCCACCUCCCCCACCAACUCUUAGCUUUUCAGGAAUCCAAACCGAGGACGUUGAGCCUCGUGGUGAGCUCGAAAUCCCACCGCCUUCUUUCAGCUUAUCUAGCAUCUCUGCAGAGGGUAUCGAGCCACGUGAGGAACCGGCAGUUCCUCCGCCCGCCCUUAGUAUGUCGACAAUGCUCGGCGAAGUUAUCGAGCCCCAAGCCGAAGCCGAGAUUCCCCCGCCUGCACUCACCAUCUCGUCAGUUCUUGGUGAAGCUAUUGAGCCCCAGGCCGAGCUUGAGAUUCCUUUACCUGUGCUCAGCAUAUCGGCCAUGGUGGCAGAGGGUAUUGAGCCUGUCGCUGAACCUGAGGUGCCGCCUCCUGCUCUGAGUUGGUCUAGCAUCCAGGGUGAGCACAUUGAACCACAGACCGAGCCUGAAAUCACGCCUCCAGUCUUUACCAUUUCCUCCAUCUCUAUGGAGCAUGUCGAGCCGCUUAGUGAGCCCGAAAUUGCACCGGCGGCUCCUCCAACCCUUAGCCUCUCGGUUAUCACUGCUACCGAGGUCCAGCCUAUUGCUGAGCCUGAGCCUGGACCUGUUGCUGAAUCUCGUGCUCUUGCCCUUGGGGCUAUUGCCACAGAGACCUCGGAGCCAACCGGGGAGCCUGCAGAGCCUGUAUCGGUUCCUGUUGCCCUUGAUUUCUCAUCUAUUCAAACCCAGCUCGACUUGCCUCCCGUUGACGCCGUGGAGCCCGAGGUUGUUGUUCCAGCACCGCAGCAGCUAUCAUUCUCAGCGAUUUCGGGUGAGAUGGUUGAGCCUUUGGCUGAGAUUCCCCCUGUCCUCGCCUUUUCGUCCAUCUACGGCGAGAACGUUGAUCCUGUGGCGGAUUUGGAGAUCCCUCCGCCUGAGCUUUCAAUGUCCACAAUUGCGACUGAGCAAGUUGAACCUGUCGCUGACGUCGAUCCUGUUCUCUCCAUGUCGACAAUCGUCACAGAGUGUGUUGAGCCCAUCGCCUCGGUCGAGCCUAGUCUCUCGCUGUCGACCAUCGCAACCGAGGCUGUCGAGCCCAUCGGCAUUCCAGAACCCGAGAAGGCCAUGUUCUCUAUGUCGAUCAUUGCUGCUGAGGUUGUCGAACCCGUGAACAUUCCGGAGCCCGAGAAGGCUACGUUCUCGUUGUCACCCAUUAUGGGCGAGCAGGUUGAGCCAAUCGAGCCUCCCGCCAAGCGACUGCGUGCCGUUGCACCACUCGGUUAUUCGAGUAUCACUACUAAUUGGGACACAGAACCAGUGUCACCCCGUAGUCCUAAGCGUAACGGCUUCAUCAUUCCCCGCGAUGACGAACGGCCUGUCACGCCCAUCGAUGGCGUGUUUUCCCUCGCUCGUGGCAAGAGCAAGGUCAGAGAGCCCUCGACUCCCAUCAUUGCGGAGGACGAGACACGUCAGUCCCGCAGCGCUUCGCCAAGCGUCGAGACUCCCGAGUCACAAAGACCGCUUAAGGAGCUGCCUGCCAAUGUCAACGCCAAGCCCGUCCGCAGGCAGGUUGUGCCCACGGCCGACCAGGGUGCCCAAACGUCUCUCACAUCGGAGGCGAUUGACCAGAUCAUGGCCCUGCGGGCGAAAGCAAGCACACCCACGAGCCCAUUUUUCUCUCAUCAAAAGACAGACUCGUUCGGCACCAGCGUCGGCACGCCUGGAACUGUCCGCAUCAGGAGGUCACAAGAGAGCCUUGGCAGUGUCAUCCACCACAAAGUCAAGCCCGUCGAUGUUGACUUGGAUGGACGGAGACCUGGCAGCGCCGCAAGCGGACACGCAUCGAUCCACUCCCAUAACCUUCCGCCGCUGCCCCCGAACCACAAGGAGGCCAUCCAGGCCGCACGUACGGACUCGUCGCAAGGCGGCCCUGGUACCAUUACCACCAUGGGCCCUCCCUUGCUGCCGGCAUCCGCAUACAAGAACCAACAGCGGCCGCGAACACCUAACGGGUCUAAGAGGCCCAUGUCGCCCGCCUCCAUUGCCUCUGGCGGACGUGGUACACCAACUCCCAGGCCGGCUAGGACUGGCUCAGCUUUCGGCACGGCAGAUGUCCAGUCGCCCUCGCGCAUCACCGCACACAGCAGGCAGUCAUCCAUGUCAUCCUUUGUUUCCGAGGUUGACGCUCGGUUCAACAUGCAAAAUGGCCUGUCGGUAGGUAUGCAGGAGCAAGGCUUCGGUCCAAACACGGAUCCUCGCAUGAUCCAGGCAAUCACGCAGACGAUGAUUGGCGAGUACCUAUGGAAGUACACUCGCAAGGCUGGACGUGGCGACUUCUCUGAGAACCGUCAUCGCCGCUACUUUUGGGUCCACCCCUACACCAGGACGCUGUACUGGAGUGACAAGGACCCUUCAACUGUUGGCCGGUCAGAGGCAAGGGUGAAGAGCGUUCCCAUUGAGGCCGUCCGGGUUUGCACCGACGACAAUCCUAUGCCGCCUGGCCUUCACCGCAAGAGUUUGACCAUCUUGUCGCCUGGACGUGCUAUCAAGUUCACCUGCACAACUGGCCAGCGUCAUGAAACCUGGUUCAACGCACUUUCAUAUCUGCUGCUCCGUACUGAGGCGGAGGGUCAAACCGACACGGAAUCGAUGGCGGAGCACAUAACCAGUGAGGAUGUUGACGAGUUCAACCCUCAAUACGGGCAUCGUGCCGCGGCCGGUACUCGGGUUAACACUCCUCGUCCGCCGCCAUCGCUUGCGUCCUACACUUCGCGGACGCCUCGCAACGAGACUCCUACUCCCUAUGGCAGCUCGUAUGACGUGCCGACGCUGACAAAGACGCCCAAGAAGAACGAGACUCAGCAGCAGCAUCCGCAGAGACCGGCCCUGGGCACUAUGGGCCGGAUCAGUGGGUACUGGAAGUCCAGCCACGUCAUCUCAGGCACUUUUGGCAGCCUCAGAAGCCGCAGCGCCGGCGCCGUCCAGCACCCGCGGGGCACCAUCUACGAGACCAACGAGGUUCACGACAGUGCAGAGGACCUGAGACUCAUGUAUGAGGCUCAGGACCGUGAAUCUGCAAGGCUGGAGAACGUCCGUGCCUGUUGCGAUGGGAAACAUGACGUUGGAACUCUCCAUAAGAGGGGAUUAGUUGCGUCCCACAGCCAUUCCCACACUGGCACCUCAACACCGACCGUCUCGGGUACCGUGAAGUCUCGCGCUUGA